AUGUCAGAGUAUCCCGAGAUACCAUAUUUGGUAGAAGAAAUUGUGGGAGAUCGCGGUCUCACUGUUCUGCUGAAUAAUGCAGGGAUUUUUGUGAAAUACACGACGAAUCAAAAGCCUGAUCGUGGAGCGCUUAUUAAAAAUUUUGAUACCAAUGCUGCCGGUGUAGCUGUUCUUACUCAGGUUUGUCAAGCAAUUUUAUAGUU